UAUGAAGAAGACAAACACAGCUCUCGUCAUUGAAUCCAGACUCAUAAAACAGGGGACUGCUGAAUCGAGCUCACUUAUGAUCGCAAGCAAUUUGACCCAUACAAAUGAGAAUGAGAACGGUGGGCAUGGUUUUGGAGGAUUCGAGCUGAUGAUCGACCGGCUUUCUCGAUCCGAGCCAAAGGAAAGAAGCACAUAUCGACCGGCAGAUGCUGAAGCAUUGACAGGACGACCAUCCCGCCCUCCCGAGUCUCUCUCCACCUUCCUUCCCCUUCACACUCAAUUCAUUCGGGGAAGGCGUUCAAGUGGCACGACAAACCCCACGAACCACCCAAGGCCCAUUAUACCGGUAUCCAAGAAAAUCACCUCCAAACCGGCAAAAUCUCCACAUCCGGAAACUUCCCCGCGGCGACAUUCCUGGCCCUCAACUCCAACAACCACUCCCGAAUCUCCCCUCCCACCAGCGCCUGCGUCUCCUCAAACGACCACACCUCGUCGUUAUCUCUAGAGGUUAUCCGCUCGACCAACCACCCCGGCACCACCGGCGCACCCACCGGCGGACUUGGACUGGGCCUGGGGGAAUGCUGCUGCUGCCGCAGCCGCAGCUGCACCCGAAACCCCACCAGGUCCGGCAGCGUGCGCAGGCGCUGCAGCAUCUGCCCCACCCAGAAGCACUGCGCCAGCGCCCAGGUGUCGCGCUCCCGGUACCGCGCCCGCUGGUAGUGCUUCCGGCAGUAGUAGCAGCACCAGAGCGGGGCGGGGAUCUGUUUGGUCGAGUGCUUGUUGCGGCCGAAGAUGUGCGAGAUCAGUUUCCGGUAG